AUGCACAAGACGACAGAAAGAGUGUUGAAAAUGAGGGAUGGAGAUUUUGGAACAACUAGAAGCAAUGGAACAUUUCCUCUCAUGAUUUCAUGUCAGAUGUGGGGAAGUGGUAAAUCUUACCUUGGCAUCAAUUUUUUGAAAGCAGCUCUCCAAAACAAAAUCGAGUGCUCUGACGAGUUUCGAAAUUUGAAGUACCUGCUCAUCGACUCGUCCCAGUUCUCUAAAUUCACAACCAACUAUGACGAAUCAGUGUGGGUUGGAUCCUUCCAAAAGGCUAUUAUGCAAGCCGUCUCCCAAUUGUCAAAGAUUGUGGUACCAGAGUCAACCGAUUUCCAUGACUUUUGUAAAAGAGAGGCACGAGGUUUCUUUUUUCACAUCGACGAGCUGGAGGCGACAUAUCAUUCUGAUUAUCAAAUGAAUCCAUCGAAAACAAUCACUAUUUUGUCCGAUUUCCUCUGGAAACCCUGUGUACAUCUCAGGAAAGUCGUCUCUUCUCUACUCAAUGGGUCGUGGUUUAUUUUCUAA